AUGAUUGAAGAGUUUCCCAUUGAUGAAACAAUUAUCAUUGUUCGAGAUGAAAACAUACUUACUGAACAAUCCAUAAAACAGUUAAUGGAUAUACAUAAUACGGUGUGGAACCUUGAAGUAAAACAAAUGAAUUUAGUAACUUACUGGAACUGGGGUUUGCUAAAAAUGACAUCUUUACUUCAAAUCUGGAACUUCAAUGAAACAUAUAUACGUAGCCUGACCACUGAAGACAUUGUUCGUGAUGUAAACAGAUAUGAAAAAAAACACAAAAAUGUGAAAGAUAUGAUUGCAGAGGUUGAGAAAAAUGAUGCUGGAUUUAUCAUAGAAGCUAAAGUAACACGCCUGAGAUGGAGGUUUGCUUACACCAAUUUUGCUUGGAAGUGGGAGAAAAGAUUUUCUGAAAUUUUUCACGUCAAUCCAACAAAAUUCAAAGAAUUAUACUUCUACACUUACUAUGACUUUACAGGUUAUGGAAGUGGGAUGGACCAAGAUAUCACUUACGCAAUUACUGGUUAUGGCAUAAUGAGUUUUUAUGUCCUUCUCUCCUUAGGGCACUGCAACUGCCUUGAACAAAAGAUUGGUCUGACCAUUGCAGGCAUGAUGUGUAUUGCGAUGGGAUAUGGUUUCACUAUUGGGAUGGGAGCCCUUAUUGGUGUCAAAACUGGCAAACUCAAUGACAUUCUAGCUCUCAUGCUUCUCGGGAUAGGCAUCGAUGAUAUGUUUGUAAUCCUUGGAACGCUGAGAAAUCUUUCUGCUGAUAUUCGUAGUCGUUCUGUCCCUGAGCAGAUGGGUCAUGUUAUGAAACAUGCUGGAGUAUCCAUUACAAUCACCACACUUAGUGAUGUUGUAGCUUUUGGCAUUGGAGCUUUCUCAGUAUUUCCUGGCCUAAAUACAUUCUGUAUUUAUAAUGCUAUUGGUAUCCUUGCUAUCUACUUUUAUCAAAUCACAUUUUUUGCCAGUUGCAUUAGUUUAGAUUUGCGCCGCAUUAUGGCCAAUCGCAAUGCUUGCUGCUGGGUUUACAAAUACAAUGACUACAAACCAAAUAACUGCAGCCAACUUGACGUUUUGCAAAUGCUUUUUGAAAAAUUUGCUUCAUGCAUUCUUAGUAAACAUACAAUCAAGAUUUUGGUACUUUUUAUUACCUUUUGCAUUGGAAGUAUAAAUCUUUGGUGUACACUGCAACUUGAAGCUAAUGAUGACUGGCAACGUGUCAUGUACCCAACUACACAUGUCUACUACAAAUUCUACACAGCCAAUGAAAAGUAUUUCCCAUCAUUAAAGGUUGCCAUUUACUGCAAAAAGAUCAAUAUUCAGAAAAAUGAAGUGAAACUGUUCAAUAUGAGCCAAAGUAUUAUGCACAGUCCUUAUAUAAAUAAUUCCACUGUUGAAAACUGGUUUACAGCUUUUUUGCAAUCACCACAAUGGAAAAAUGCUCACAAAACACAGGAUACCUACAAUAGCAAUGAACUGGAAACUUUUCUAAAAUCAGAAGCUGGAAAACCAUAUAAAUCUUAUAUUGAGAGGAGUAGGAUAAAACACUGUUUAACUUUUGUGCGUUACUCCUCCUUCUGCUCUAAAAUUCCUGCCUGCAUUGAACGUUCAACACUUCCAAGUUUUAUAAAUGCAUCACAAAUUACAAAUUGCACUUCACAAAGUGUAAACUUUGACUUAUACUACUCAUUAUGCACUUGCAAACCAUUAUAUUAUGUGACAUGUGCUUGCAAGCCACCAAGUUGUGCACCAUCAAAUAUAACAUCAUUCAAUGUAACAUGCUACACAGAGUCAAGCUCAAUAUGUAAUUACAACCAGUUAGAUAGUAAAAAGGUUCUAGCAUAUAAUAUGCAAUGCUACAAAGAAGUAAUGCAGAUUUUGGCUUUCAAAAUUGCAAUGCAGAAGAUGAAACAGUAUGAGCUUUCACAUAAGAUUGAAACUAUAGAAGAAUUACAGUCAAGAAUUUCUCCCUAUUUUUCUCAUGAAGAAUGCUUUGCACAUGCAAGCAAAUAUUUGCAGUGGAGUAUUAAUAGUAUUAUUGAAAAGGAACUGAUUAGAAACAUCACAUUGGCCUUUGCAUCUGUCUUGAUCAUCACACUGAUUUUAAUUACAAAUGUUCGUACUUCAUUAAUGGUUGGAUCCAGUGUUAUUCUCACCAUGUUAAACAUUACUGGUAGUUUAUAUUUGUGGGGGAUUAAUAUUGAAACAACAUCAUGUGUAAUUCUCACUAUUUCUGUUGGCCUGGUUGUUGAUUAUUCCGUCCACAUUGGUCAUACUUUCAUGACAGUUGCUGGCGAGAAGAAUCAUCGAAUGAUAGUCACAGUAAAAGAAAUUGGUCCUCCUGUGUUCCAUGGUGGAUUCAGCACUUUUAUUGCUGUUCUUCCAUUGUCUAUCAGCAUCACUUAUCCUUUCCAGACCUUCUUUAAAAUCUUUUUCCUUGUCGUCCUUUUUGGUCUCUUUCAUGGUCUUGUCUAUCUGCCUGUAUUGUUGAGUCUUGCUGGUCCUACAUGCUAUCCUACAGCCUCAGAAAGAGAAAUAACAGCGCCAUCACUGAAGAAGAAGAAAGAAGAGAAUCCAAAGCAAGGCAUAACCAAUAAUGGAAUGGUCCUUGAAGCAGAGUUUGAGCAAAAAGAGUCAAGUCAUAAAAUAGAAACACAAAUCCCACAACAUCAAAGCAUGGACAAUGGCAAGUGCUUAAUAAAACACAUUUCGGGAAAUGUUGCAUCAAAUGAUCCAAAAUCUUCAGUUCAAGCCCUCAGAUGGACUCAUAUACCAGCCUAA